UCUUUCACUCGUUUUUCAACUUGUGGAUCCCCAUACCAGGCUGUCUUAAUCCAAACGGUCAAAAAGUGUUCCUGACUUGUGGAGAAAAUUCCGGGAUGCCUUUACUAGUGCUACACUUUUUUCUCUGUAAAAUCUUUACUCUUCUGUAAGAAAUACCAAAAUGCAGUCUCUCCCGACACCCUUCACAAUCUUCAAUAUCAUCAGCAUUUUAUCUCUAAUUGUUGAACCGCUUCACACUUCUGCUACUUGCAGGGGCUUCUGCGGCAACAUUCCCAUCCGCUACCCGUUUGGCGUCGACGACGGCUGUGGCGCACCGCAGUACCGGCAUAUGCUUAACUGUACAACCAAUGACUUGUUCUUUUUAACACCUUCAGGCAGCUACAAGGUCCAGUCCAUAGACUACAAUAAGAAAACAAUGGUUGUAUACGAUCCCGCCAUGUCCACAUGCUCAAUAUUGCAACCUCACCACGACUUUAUCAUGACAGAUAUUCAGUCUGCCAUGAUGCCUCCAUCACCCGACACCGUUUUCGCUCUCCUUAAUUGCUCUGUUGACUCUCCAGUUCUCAACCAUUACAAAAACCUUUGCUUCAACUUCUCCGAUCACUCUUGUGAUGAACUUUAUGGAGCGUGCAAUGCGUUCAGAGUUUUCCACUUACUCACCAACAGUUCUCCGCCGUGUUGCUUCACUAACUAUGAUACAGUGAAGUACAUGAGCAUGAACAUUUUGGACUGCACACAUUAUACAAGCGUGAUCAAUACAGAUAGCUUGAAGGGUAUAGGCCCGCUGGAUUGGGUGUACGGGAUCGAACUUUCUUUUUCUAUUCCUGAUACUGGAUGCCAACGGUGUUCGCUGUCCGGUGGGACAUGCGGGUUCGAUACUGAGACUGAAGGGAUGACGUGCCUCUGCUCAACUUCCAUGAAUGCUACUAGACAAUGUGCUCCUGGCAGUUUUACCGAUAAAGGAGUAGCUCAUGCUUCGUGGACAUUUUUUCACGUAGUUCUCUUGGCUCUGGGAACAUUUCUUGAUUUCAUAGUUUCAUGUUGAUUUGUAGCAAGCAAACUUUGAUAAUGGGUGACUCUUUAUUUGAACUAUUAUCAAUCAUAUUUUGAAUUGUUUGAUUCCAAAA